AUGGCACGAAGUGAGGGGAAGAGAAGUCCAAGUGACAGUGACGAUCGAAGCGAUGAGGAUCUUUUUGCGGUAUUCCAUGACCCCAGUGGAAAUGUGAGUGGGUCGGUUGAUUCCACAAUCGGCGUGGCGCCAAACUCACAGGCUAGUCGUCUCAGUCAAGUGACUGCUGCUAUGGAAGACCCCGUUGUAUCUCGGCUUGCACUGCACGACCUCGGCACAAGUGUCUUUCCAGCAAAUAAAACUUUUAGUGGGGCAGAAGGCAGUACCAACCCCUCCGCUUCGUUCAUGAGUGUUGUCACGGCAACUCCCACUGCAAAAGGAGGUGUGGAUGAUGCCCCAAUUAGGAAGCCGCAGUUAGGAAUCGUACGGGAGCCCAACAGCAAUAUUAAAGUUAGUCGACCAACGCGAAGUUGCGAGCAAUUGGCCGUCAUUUUGGCGCAGCAUCCCUUUACCACGUUUGAAGGACUUCGACGAUCUGUUAAGUCAGCUGGAGGAAACUCAUUGCCCCCCAGUACUGUUGUUGGUGUGGUGGUCCAUAAGACGGAGCCAAAGCGAGCGUCUACCGGGCGUGGAUACGGUGUUGUCUACUUGUGGGAUAUGAAAGGACCAUUUGUGAGCCCUGCUGGCGAGGUGGCCAUUCUUCUUGGCGGGUCUGCAUUUGAUACACAUUACACGAGGAUUCUGAGCGGUUUGGUGUUGGCGGUGUCAGGAAUGCAGCGGAUGGAAAAUCAAAGUGUAGGAAAGACAACUUUCAACGCCACCACAAGUGGGGGCUCUACCGCGAGUGGCGACUGCGGAAUUUUAAAGGUUACCACAUGCGACCAGGUACGUGUACUGGGCUUCGCAUCAGACCUUGCUACAUGUCAGGGUACUCAGCAACGGUCUGGAGAGCUCUGUAAAAAUAUCGUCAAUAAGUCGUUAUCGAAUUAUUGUGCACAUCAUAUGGCCAACCUUCAGCGUGAGGCACGCGGUGCUGCCCCCGGUGUUAGUGGCAAAUUCCGGUCACAGCCCUUGGGGACAGCUCGAUUGAGUGCGCCGGCGUUAACGUGCAUAAAUCUGGCGACUCUCCAGUCUGCCCAAAUAACCGCCUCCAAAACGUCGUCACAAGCUUUGCGGCGCCAAAAACUCGGCUUUCUCACGGUGAGGGGAUCCACUGGCUUACCCGCAUCAACUCCUGCAUCAGCAGAUGUUAUGGCUGCGGGAAACGCCUACGCGGGUGUUGUCGCAGGCGACGUACUUCCUGUUAACGACGUGGCCCAGAACGCGAAGCGUCUGCUAAGCAACGGCGAUGGUAAAGGUAUGACCUCUAGCUAUAUCCCUACGCAGAUUGGCGUAGGAACCCAAGGUCGUGCUGUGCUUGGGGCUGCCGCCGCUGCGGAGGAAGCAAAGAAUUUCGAUCGCCUUCUUCGCCUUGCCCUUCAUCCGAGUCAGCGGGGGACCAAACGACCACGUGAAGGCUGUGAACAACCACCGUGGGUGGAGGUCCGCGAAAAGUUUGCCCCACUUAGCGCCCCUCACGACCGUUCAGCCUUCGCUCCCCUGCGGGGAGGUCGCCGUGGUGACGCAAUUUUGACAGGGAGAAAUAGCUACAAUAGUGGUGUUACCACGCAGGGGGGAAAGGGUACACGCAGUGCUAUUGUUAACGUUGUUGAGCGGCAACUGCGUGCUGAAGGUUCAUUGGCUAAAUUUGCCGGACGAUCCUCUGUAGGGCAAGAGGAAGUGAGGCUGCGAGAAACUACCGCCAACAAGACUGGUGGUUCUGCACCUCCCCCCGCGUCUCUGCUGGGAAAAGUUGCAGAGUCACUUCAUAGUGUCAAUGACGAACUGCGUGCUUUAGACGAGCGUCAGCGACUUGAACGGCAGGCCGAGCGGCUACUUCAGCAGGACAAAGCACUGGAGGCGCUGGCUGAUGUUACAGAGCAGAAGUUAAAGGCACAUUACUGUCGGCAAUGUGACCGCUGGUAUUUACGUCGCAACGAACGGUGCAAAUCGCUAGGACACAUUGUUGAGACACGGGAGACAGUACGUCGCUUCAUUCAGUGUGAGCACUGUAGGUAUAAGACGAGUGUGAUUGGUGAUGUGCGCCCCUCAAAGCUGAUUCCGCGGUGCCCACGUUGCUCCGCUGAUGUACAAUGGCGCGCGAGCAAUGCCGCACCGGAGAAUGCCUUAGUUAUUAGCCUUCGAGAGGAUGCGUAA